AUGGCUGUGACUGGCAAGCCGCGCAAACUUCGCCUCGUGACGCUGCGAUGCUUCACCAUCCCGGACGUUAUCGCCCAAGAGCGGGGUCAGUUUGAUAGAAUCUUCGCCGACUGGAUAGAUCUGGCGGCUGAAGAGAGAAAUAACAAGCACGGCCCAUCUGAACAAAUCGCCGUGGAACACCAGGGUUAUGAUGUUGUCGACAAGGAUGAGUACCCGCAACAUUUGGACAAAAUUGAUGGUCUCAUUAUCACGGGCUCUACAGCGUCAGCAUAUGAUGAUGAGCCCUGGGUUCAUAAACUUUCUACGUUCAUUAAAGGAUCAUGUGGCGUUCGGGUUGCUCCCAACCCCAAGGGAUGGGAAAUUGGAGUUCACGAGGUUGGGUUGAAUAGACCUUUCGUGGAUAGGUUCCCUGAACUUCUUAAAGCUGGAAAUCUAUCCUACCAAUUUCUUCAUCAGGACAAUGUCUCCGUUGAGCAGGCUAUGUUGCCAGCAAACUGGGUUCAAGUCGGGACCACGCCGUUGUGUGAGGUCCAGGGGCUCUUUGAUCCUGGUCAUGUUUUGACACUCCAGGGUCACCCCGAAUUUGAUUCAUAUAUCAACAAAUUGAGCACGGCGUCUCUGGCGAGGGCGAGAGGGUUUUCGAAUGAGGAGAUGCACCAUUACUCACAACUCAUUGAACGAGGCGAUUCGCGACAACUCGCCGGCCAAUUGGUCCUUGAAUUCUUCUGCCAGACCAGUUGA